UAACGAUCCAUGUCUGCAGCCUGAUUGACCUGUGAUCCUGCUUCUCUUCCCCUCUUUACCAGUUUUCCGGGAUUACGAUCUGGAGUAACACAUCAUGUCUGGUAUCAAGGAGAACUUUGUGAUUCCGUUUACGGGAGCUUUGCAGGCUUCUUUGGCAGUGCUGCUGACAAUCUUCUACGGUGUCAUUGCUGCUCAAUUCGAUCUGUUGAAUGAGAAGUCGGCGAAGGAUAUCUCCAAAGCUUGUGUCAGGUUAUUCUUACCUGCUUUGUUGAUUGUUAAUGUCGGACAGCAACUGAGUCUUGAAUCGGGAACCAAGUAUCUAGCUGUCCUGAUCUGGGCUAUUGUCUACAAUGUGCUUAGCAUGGUUUUUGGACUCGCUGUGACCAAGUUCUUGAAUUUGCCUCAAUGGGUCACUCCGGCACUGGCCUUCAACAACACAACCUCGCUGCCUCUCCUUCUUGUCCAGUCCUUACAGUCAACCGGCAUCCUCGACUCCCUCGAUGCAUCCAGCGACGCCGUCGACCGUGCCAAAUCAUACUUCCUCGUCAAUGCCAUGGUCUCAAACUCCUUGACCUUCGCCCUCGGCCCUCGCCUUCUCAACGGACAAGAAGAAGAUUCUCCAGAUGAAGAACCAGAAAAAGACGAACAAGAUGAGGAGCAAGCCGAACGUGCUUCCAUUCACGAACAUCAAGAGGAAAACGAAGAAACCUCUCUCCUCCCCAAUCGUGCCGUUCGUCCCGCUGUCAAGGGCAUUUACAAGACGCACAAGAAACUCGCAAACUUUUACGCUUCACUCUCACCUCGCACUCAAGCUACCUUGGACUUCCUAUACCAGUUCUGCAACCCACCUCUGAUCGGCGCAGUACUUGGUGGUAUCGUGGGCUUGGUUCCCGCUCUACACACCCUCUUCUUCUCCUCUCCAAACGAAGGCGGCUACCUCAACGCCUGGCUCACCUCCUCCAUCAAAAACAUCGGCGACCUCUUCGCCUCCCUCCAAGUCGUCGUCGUCGGCGUCAAACUCUCCCAAGCCAUGCUCCGCUACAAAAAAGGCGAACAAUCCGGCUCCGUACCCUGGACCCCAUUCACCAUAAUCACCAUUGUCAGAUUCAUCAUCUGGCCACUCAUCUCCAUCCCUCUGAUUUGGAUCUUGGCGUCCAAGACCUCUGUGCUUUCUGAUGAUCCUAUUUUGUGGUUUGCUAUGAUGUUGAUGCCGACGGGACCGCCGGCUAUGAAGUUGACAGCAUUGGCCGAUGUCAGUGGGGCGGGCGAUGAGGAGAAAAUGAGUAUUGCUAAGUUUUUGACCAUUUCUUAUGCUAUUUCUCCUCUGAUUUGUUUUUCGGUGGUGGGGAGUUUGAAGGCUAGUCAGGCUAUCGCUAGCAGGUAGAUGGAAGAUGUGUCCUUUUGGGGCGGAAAUUGUAGAUUGCAGUAUCAUUAUUAUCAAAUCC